AGAGAGCAACGGAUCGGAAAAGGAUAGACGAAGUGAAAUCAGAGAUGGAGGGGACGGUGGACACACUGGGCCGAGGAUGAAAGUUACAUAUAUAUAGAGGGAGAAAGAAUUCAGAUCGCAGAAGAGAGGUGCAGUCUUCUGCCCUGGCCCCAGAACGAUCCUCGCCGAUCUAUCAGAGCGAACCGAACCGUCGACGGAAGUAGGUCCCUCGGUACUGCGUUCCAUUCACGAGCAAAACAGGACUGACCCGUAAAAAACAAUAACAGCUAAAAAUGAGAAACUUCGUGUUAAUGUUGUUUUUCAUUCAUCUCGCCUUUGCCACGAUUGGCCGUCAUCACAGGGACCGGGGAUUUUUGAAUCACGUGCAACUGGUGCACGAAUUUCGAUGCUCCUCGCCGCAGCCAAGGGCCGUGCCGGUGGAAAAGCUUUUAACCGUUGGCCCUAGCCCCGAUGAGGUUUUCUAUCCUGCCUCCACCGUUUUGACGCGUUGCGACGGAGCUGGAUGUUGCCCGGACCCCAAACAGAUUUGCGCACCUGUCGAGACUAGAAACGUCAGCCUUGUCUUUAUGGUGAAGCACAUGAUCGACCGGCAACGCGAUAGACAUCACGAAGUGAUACACGUUUUGGAGCACACCAAGUGCGGAUGCGUCGAUAAGAAAUUGAUCGAGUUCGACUGAUUCUUCUUUCUAGAGAAAACUUCUCUCUGUCGAGGACUUACAUCUGUUGCUUUAAGAAUAUUGUUAAAUAGUUUCUUGGUACUUUGUCUUCUUGUAGUAACCAAAAUGAUAUUUAUAAUUGCGCGAGUAAAUAACGGUGUAGUUAGUAGAUUAAGUUUAACUGUAAGACGAGUUCCUUGAUUUAAUCAUCCUUCAGGAUUUUUGACUGUGAUAUUUUCAUAAAGUAGCGUAAAGUGUAUCUUUGUUAUUUAUAACAUGGAAUUAAUAAAAUAUAGAUACUUGUAGAUGACGCUACGUCGUUGGU